UCAGUGUCAGAGUUGAAAGGACAAAGGUCGUCACUCAGAAACAUGGCUGCUCCCCUGGAUGACAUGUUUUCCUUCUGCGUGGACCCCGGUAAAGUGUCCACCUGCGUGGAUGUCCGAUUUAUAGACAAUAUUAAGGGUAAGGGUCUCUUCGCCAAAAAGAGCAUCAAGAAGGGAGACACCAUUUUUUUUGAACGGCCUCUGGUCUCUGCCCAGUUCCUGUGGAAUGCUUUGUAUAAAUAUAAAGCCUGCGAGUACUGCUUACGUGCUCUGGAGACUGCAGAGGAGAAUGCGAGGAGACUAAGUGGCAUCCCUGGACUAAGCCUUCCUCACCCAGAGCUCUGCCGUGUUCGACCAGAGCUGCACCAAGCCUGCCCUCAAUGCCAAGUGAUGUACUGUAGCAGCGAGUGUCGACAAGCUGCAGCUGAUCAGUACCAUCGAGUUCUAUGUUUGGGUUCCUCCCAGGACGAUCCGGACCACCCCAUCAACAAGCUGAAAGAUGCAUGGAGGAGUAUGCAUUAUCCCCCAGAGACCUCCAGCAUCAUGCUCAUGGCCAGAAUGGUAGCUGUGGUCAAACAGGCCAAAGACAAAGCACCCUGGCAGAAGCUGUUUUCGCACUUCUGCAGCCGGACAGGUAAUGAGGAAGAGGAGAUCGCCCAUAAGCUCCUGGGAGAGAAGUUCAGAGGGCAGCUGGUCUUGUUGCACAGCCUUUUUAAAUCAGCACUUUAUGAUGAGCAUCUGAGUCGGUGGUUUGUCCCGGAGGGUUUCCGCUCUCUGUUCGCUCUUGUGGGAACCAACGGACAAGGCAUCGGUACCAGCUCCUUGAGUCGGUGGGUUCAUGCCUGUGAUGCACUUGAGCUUCCUGCCCAACAGAAGGAGCAAUUGGACUCUUUUAUCGACCAGCUAUACAAGGACAUUGAGAAAGAAACGGGAGACUUUCUAAACUGUGAGGGUUCUGGACUUUUUCUGCUUCAAAGCUCAUGUAACCACAGCUGCAUUCCCAACGCAGAGGCGUCCUUCCCCGACAACAAUUUCCUGCUUCAGCUCAGUGCCCUUAGUGACAUCAACCCAGGAGAGGAGAUCUGCAUCAGUUAUUUGGACUGCUGUCAGCGGGACCGAAGCCGUCAUAGCAGACACAAAAUUCUGAGGGAGAACUACCUGUUUGUCUGCUCGUGUCCAAAGUGCAUCUCCCAGAUGGAUGAGCUGGACGUAACCUCAGAGGAGGAAGAGGAAGAAGAAGGCGAGGCAGAAGGUGAAACAGAGGGGGAUGAAAUGGAAGAUGAGAUGACAGAUGUCUGAUGAAAGACUUGCCCAUAUUGUUCUCAGCCGUUCCCUUUCCUGCCACCGCGCUAAGCAACCUAAGGAAUAAAGACCAGUUGAAACCAUGAUCUGCAUUUCACCUGAACUGUCCAAAUGUCUUAUCAACGCAUUCCACUCAUUCUUUGUCCAGUUUUAGAGAUCAGCCACAGAACACUGUGUGUCAGUAUUGGGGCAGUGACAGUUUUUGUUGUUUUCGCUUUACUUCAGCACACUGAGGGGUAUGAAUGAAUCAAAGACUAUAACUUUCAGGCUUUGUGGGUGAACAGAUAAUGAUUGGUAGUUUUUUUUUUUUUUACACUUGGGGACUAUAUAAAAAGGCUGACAUUUCUAAACAGUUUAUUGAAUGUGGAUGUAAACACCUUUUUAAAUCUACAUUAAUUAAAAAACAUUCUGGCCACUUGGGGGCAGCACCACAA